CAUACUGUUCGGCCAUCAUGGAGAACCCAGGGUCGUCCGAAUUCGGCGUCGGCUGCCGCCUCCUUCUCGCCCUCCUGGUGAUCGCCUUCUCCGCGCGCCCGUGCCAUUCCUCCCUCUACCACCCGCCGCCGCCCGUCAUGGUCUACCACACCGGCGCGGUGCUCGACGGCGCCGUGCCGGUCUCCGUCCUCUACUACGGCGCCUUCUCGCCGCACCAGAAGGCCAUCGUGGCCGACUUCCUGCUCUCCCUCUCCCCGCGUGGGCGCCAGCCGCAGCACCACAGGUUCGGCGCGCCGGGCCCCGCCCCGGCGCCGUCGGUGGCGCGGUGGUGGGAGACCGUGGACCGGUACGUGCGCAAGGCAGGCCGGGACCCGCCGCGGGUGGUGCUGGCCAGCCAGGCCCACGACGAGGCGUGCUCCCUCGGCAAGACGCUCUCCAGGCUCCAGGUCGAGCGGCUGGCGGCGCGCCUCGGCGUGGCGCCCGAGGGCGUGGCCGUCGUGCUCACAGCCGCCGACGUCGCCGUCGAGGGGCAGUGCAGCAGCGCGUGCGGGGCGCACGGGGCCUCCGCGCCGGGGGGCGCCGCGCACGUCUGGGUGGGCAACGCCGCCGUGCAGUGCCCCGGCCGGUGCGCGUGGCCGUUCCACCCCGCGGAGGGCGGCGCGCGGCACGCGCCCGGGCGCCGCGGCGAGACACUGCGCGCGCCGAACGGCGACGUCGGCGUGGACGGCAUGCUGGUCAACCUGGCGGCGAUGCUGGCCGGCGCGGUCACCAACCCGUACGGCCACGGAUUCUUCCAGGGCGACGCCGGCGCACCGGUCGAGGUGGCGGCCGCGUGCCCGGGUGUCUACGGCCGCGGUGCGUAUCCGGGCUACCCCGGUGCGGUGAGGCUGGACACGGUCACUGGCGCGGGGUACAACGUGGUGGGCAGGAACGGCAGCAAGUACCUCGUGCCGGCGCUGGUCGACCCCGACGACUACUCCUGCGUCAUCAUGUCGUAGACCCAUCAGCUGAGGCUCGUUUGUAUUGCAGCCACGCAACAUAGGAGUUGGGGCCACGCACGGUUGCUUGCUGAUGAGAAAGCGGGUCAGCGCUGGUUCUACUCACUCUGUUUCGAAUUAAUGUUCGAUUUAGCAUUUCUAAGCAUAUAAAUUUUGUUAUGCAUUUAAAUAUACACUAUAUCAAGAUACAUAACAAAAAUUAUAUACCUAUAAAUGUUAAAACAACAUGUAAUUUGGAAUGGAGGGAGUACGAUCUAAUGCUGCAUGUAAUUUGUCCCUCGGUGAGGAGCACCUAAAUUCAGUAGGAUUCGUAUAUAUUACUAUGAAUAAAACUAUGACUAAGUCUCUAAAAGGAAUGUGAACUCUCCUUGUAUGGAACCAUGGCACACGAGUGUGUUGUGUUAUAUAUAGUGGGUGGUGGUGGGUUGAGGAGAUGAGGUGUGGUCGCGUGGGUGUAUACCUCUAUCAUCCAA